AUGGCUACAGUUUCAAGUCUAUUUCGCACGCGUCUGCGAGUACAAAGCCUCUGUAAAUUAGGUCGCCAUCACUUCAUUAAUAACACCAAUAACACAUUAGUCACGUUGGGCUAUUUUAAUAGUAAUAGAUUAUAUUCUUCGUCGUCAUCCUCCUCAAAUAGUAAGAGAAAUCAACAAAACUCGACCAAUAAACAAGAAACAUUUGUAGAGUCAAACUAUAUUGACCCGAGAGAUUUGGCGCAUAAUACAUUUUUCGCUUUACAUCGUCCCUUACCUACUAUUAAUGACCAGUUGGCGCCUGUAUGGGGGGCUGGUCAACAACAGCCACAAGGCUGGGAGGAAGAAGAAGAAGGUGUUCAUUCCCCGCUCACCAAAUCCACAACCACGCUAAUAUUAUCACCUUUACAACCAUCGCUCCCAAUGACACCCGACGAAUCACAAAAGGUGGUUGAUCGCUUUUUCUCGGAAAUCGACGGGAAGAAGAAAAAAACCAGAGCAGCAUCAAUGGCCGAAGAAGUUAAUAAUGUUCGACGAAAGAAAUCGACAUUAGCUGUUAAUGAUUAUCGAGAAGUAGAAGGUGAAGAUGAUGAUCUUACGGAAAAUAAUAAAGUGAAAACUUAUUACAUGACGAAUGUGAGGCAAAAGCGAAGAUUGAAGAUGAAUAAACAUAAGCACAAGAAGCUGAGAAAAAGUCAGAGAGCUUUAAGGAAAAGGCUAGGAAAGUAA